GGCCCAACCUGCGCGUGGUCGCCACUCUGUCGUGUGAGACGGGACACAUCGACGUGGCGGAGUGUGAGCGCCGGGCCGUUGACGUCAUCACCAUCCCCCUCCAGCCUCCCGACAACUUCGCCGAGCUCACGGUGGCGCUCAUGCUGCUCACCAUCAAGGAGAUGCUCACAGAUGAAGAAAGAGUCAUCAACAUUGAACCGCAGACGCCAGACUUGAUCCCAGAGGAUGUGACAUCGACCUGGAGACAGAGCAACCCUCGACUCAUUCGCCGCCUCUCGGAGGAGCAGCUGGCAUUCCAGUGGUCAAACGGGCGACCUUCCAACACGGACUGCUUGACCUGGAAAAACAUUGCCAAGAAAACUUUUGGUGUGUACGGACUGACCAAGCUCGGAGAGAGUGUGGUCAAGCUGCUGAAAACCUUCGGUGCGCAGCAGGUGCUGGUUGCGGACUGUGAUAUGGAGCUGGAUAACUCGGACAUUGUCAAUAAGUCACACUCAGAUUACGAUAUUGUGUCGUUUGACGAGCUGUUGGAGAGAGCAGAAGUGAUCUGCGUGUGUGGGUCUGUUGGUGACUGCUCAGAAAAUGUUUUUUGCCGUGAGUCUUUCAAGAAAAUGUCGAGCAAUGCAAUUCUGGUUACUUCACAGAGUGAAGAGAAAGCGAUUGAUUACGUUGAUUUGUACGAGGCUUUGAGGGACGGGCAAAUCAAAGCUGCUGGUCUCAACGACUGCAAUCAGGAACCGGUACCAUUCAAGACUCCGCUUUUGGGCUUGAGGAACUGCAUAUUUUUGCCACAAACUGAAGAGAGUGUCUACGACAUGCGACACAAAGUCUCCGGCCUGAUUGCCAAGAAUCUCAUUGAUGCCCUGAAACUGAAAAGGGAAAAAUUGAAUGUCAUUAUUGAAUAAAUGAAAUGUUGAAAUCUGGAUUACUGAGUGCUUAGUGUAGGACUGAGCCAUCAUGAAAAGUGACGCACGACGGAGUCUUGCACUGAGUGGUCUAAACACAAGUACUGAGUUACUAAGUACUAUGACUGUGCUGCUGAGAAUUUAGAGACGGAAUAGACUUUUCCAUGUCACUUGUUUCAAAAACCUUUGUGUACUUUUUGUACGACAAAAUAUUUUUCUCAUAGAUUUAUAGACCGUAGUGGAGUACAAGUUUCUGGAAUAUUCAUGUCAUAAUUGUACUGACCCAUGUAACAGUCUAGUCUGGUUAUAUUUCAAUUGUUAUCCACACUGACAUAUAUGGCAUUGUUCAGUUAGAUUUUAUAGGUUAUAAACAAUGAUACAUGCUAUUGUUUGGUUACAUUUCAUACGUCAUACACAAUGGUAUAUGGCACAUUUUACACAAUGGUACAUGCUGUUAUUUGUCACAGUGAAGCCACUUCUUAGUGAUCUUAGUACAUAACUAUAAUUCUGUGUAGAUACGAGUCAACUGGUGUGAUCCAAAUCUUGUUCCAGAUGUACUUGACUUUGUUUUUCUUCCCAACCUUUGUCCUCAUUUCUUGCUAACGUGCAGUCUAUUUGAUCACUCCAUUGUCUGAAGACAGCUUCACUGUUCAUCUUUUUCUUCUUCUUUUGUCCCUUAAAAAUCUACUCUAAAACUUUUAGUUUUAGUUUUAGUUAGAGUUUUACUGCCCUUGCAACACAAUUAAACCAAAUAAGUGCCAAA